UCUUCUCUUAUAUUUGUUCUGUGUAGGUCAACAAAACAACAACUUGACCCCCUCCAUGGCUGGUCUUUCUUAGGGUUUGAAGCCCCUCCUGGUCAAAUAAGAAGGCACCGACUCUUUAUUGUCUUGUACUACUGAUCGAUUUGUGAACCCCCUUUUUUUUUUUUUUCCUCUCAAAUCUUGGGACUUAGCUUCUCUCUCUCUCGACUAUCAACUAUAUAUCUGAUUGAGGUGAGAAAUCACGGUGGGUCACUCAGAAUUUCAUGGAAUUGACGCGAGAAGCUGCAAAAGGGUAUUCUGAUCACAGCAGAGAAGAAGAAUUACUGGAGGAGGAAGAGGAUUUAGCUGAAACGAGUAAUAAAGAAAGCAGUAAGCAAUACUAUCCCUUUUCUUCUUAUUCUUCAUCACCUCCUAAUCUAUGGUUGGGGAUGCCUCCUCAUCAUCAUCAUCACCCUCAUGAUCAUCACCAUCAACAACAAUCUCCGGAGGCCACAACCCCUUGUGAAUCUCACAAUUCAUCAUCUGGGUUAGGGUUACACCAUCAGGAUGCACCUUCUAAUUCCAAUUCCGCCAUUAACAAUCCCAAGAAGCUAGAUUUCAUGGACUUAUCACUCGGAAACAAGGAAGAAGAUGAAGCCAACAAGCCUAUCGAGAAAGAGCACAUGUUUGAUAAGGUUGUGACGCCCAGCGAUGUGGGCAAACUGAAUCGCCUCGUCAUACCAAAACAGCACGCCGAGAGGUACUUCCCGCUCGACUCUUCCUCCAACGAGAAAGGCCUUCUCUUGAAUUUCGAGGACCGCAACGGCAAGCUAUGGCGUUUCCGGUACUCCUACUGGAACAGCAGCCAGAGCUAUGUGAUGACCAAGGGGUGGAGCCGUUUUGUUAAAGAGAAGAAGCUUGACGCCGGCGACAUUGUAUCCUUCCAACGAGGCCUCGGUGAAUUGUAUAGGCAUAGGUUGUACAUAGACUGGAGGCGCCGCCCGGAUUACUCCGCCACCGAUCAUCAUCGCCAUGUCGCCGCAAUUACACCGUUACUCCUUCCGAAUCAGUAUUCCAUCAGAUGGGAUGGCAGAUUAUACUCGGUUCCCACGGCUGCGCCGGUGAUGCCGCCACCACCGCGACCCCACGAGCAUUUCCCACAAGUGAACUACAACAAUUACCCCUUUCAGCAACAACACCAGCUACUUCAGUACCCGCGACAACAUCAUCAUCAUCAUCACCAGCUCUAUAGUGGAAGUCAAGGAAGCUAUAAUGAGCUGAAUUUGGGAUCUGGGUCGCUUUACUACCUGAGGACGUCGUCAGCGUCGGCGCCGGGAGAUCGGAAUUUAAUUGAGCAGAGAGAGGGAGGGGGCAAUAUAAGUCCGAUGAUAAUCGAUUCCGUUCCAGUAGUCCAUGGUAAGAGCAGUUCUAGUAGUGGUAGAAUUACUGAUACUACAGCAAAGAAGCUUAGGCUAUUUGGGGUGAAUAUGGAAUGUUCUUCGUCAUCAAACACAGUAGGACAUGUGCCAAUGGCUGAUUCAUCACUUUCCUCACCAAAUCUUCAGUAUUUGAGAGAAUCCCAUGAAGGAGAAGACCCACUUUCUUCAUCAUCGUCAGCAUCAAGGUUUGCAGAUCAAAAGGGGAAAACUUCGGUGCUUUUUGAUUUGAAACCGUCCUUCCAAUACCGACAGUAGCGAAUCAGUGAUGACCAAAUUCAAACACUCCCUUUUGCAGCAUUAUGUUAUAUUUCGAUCAACCUCUUUUUUUCCCCCUAAAUAAUUAGUGUUUAAUCAAUUAGCUUUUGGAUUUUAGUACAUUCUGAACUGCUCAAUGCAUCACCAAUUAUAUAUAUUAUAUAGCUCGGGGGUUUGUUUGGGUCCCGAUGAAAUGGACCAUCGUUUCGCGACCACGAAAGGCUAAUGAGAUCCAUGGGGAAUUAACUACGUUUCAGACCUUUCAACUGUAUAAAUAUAUAGUAGUAAUACAAUAUAUAUAUAUAUAUCGAAUGAUCA